AUGACUACACCGAUACCAUUUAGUUCAUCAAUUAUAGAUCAAGUUAAAUUGAAUUUAAUUCAUUAUAAUUUAUGGAAUGAAGUUAAUAUACAUGAAAAUGAUGGAUAUUCUUAUUUAUCUGGUAAACCACGUGAAAAAUUGAUUAAUACAGAUAAUGAAAUUAAAAAAGAAUGGAUUAUUCCUAAAUUACUUAAAGAUUCAAAAUUAUCUGUUCAAGAAAUAAAUACAUGGUUUAACAAAAUAGAAAAUGAUCAAGGAGAAGGGAAACGACCGGAAAGAUUAAUUAUUGGUAUUGUUAAUGAUGAUGGUACGGUUGUUUAUUAUUUCAUUCAUGAUGGAAUUGUAAAACCUAGACAAAAUUAA